UAUUUCUUAUGUUCAUGCUAUUUAAAAAAUAAUCAAUUUCUAUUGUUACGAAUAACAAUGGACUUUGUUUGCGGGAUGUAGAAGCAGGGGUUUCCAGAAACCCCGCUCGUCACACCCUGUGGUCAAAAUCCAUUGUUAUUCGUUACAAUAGAUCUAUUCAAUUUACACUUGUUUCAGAAAUAGAAACUAUGAAGUAUAACAAUAGAACUGGGGUGUAAUGGUAGAUCUUUUGUUGAAUAAGUUGCUAAGGUGGGGUUGUUUACAGAUUAUUGUUUCCACUUCACUAACUACAGACUUUAAAUCGUGGUUUAAAAUUUCGUUAUUAUAAUAGUUAGUUUUUAACAAAGUUGAAGCGUAAGGCGAUAUUGUCAUGCCAUAUUUCUAUAUAUGGCUCAUUUUUUAUUUCCUUUUAUGAACUUUAAAGUAUUUUACGGUGGUACUGUAGGGGCUCCUGAAGGUGCAAAUUUUGACCAGAUUGUUAUUGUGUAUAUAUUGUUGGACAAGGUUAACGAAAAAAAAAUCUUGUGAUCUUAAGUUGGAUUUAAUAUUAAAGAAGUUCUUUAUUUUCAUUUCGACUUACACUAAAAUAGGUUAACAAAAUGUGUCUGAGAUAACUUUAUCGGUUGAAUAAUUGCAUAAAAAUCCGGAAUUAUAAAUAUUAGUCAAACUAUCUUUUUUUAAAUAUCCCUUUAUUGGGAAAAGGGUAUUUAAAAAUUCUUUUAUAGUGUGUUUCUGAUAGUACAAAGCAUGAAUCAUUUCCCAAAAAGCUUUUUUUUUAACAGCUAAUUGGUGUAUUUAUUGUCCACUAUAUAUAUAUUAUUCUGAUACAAUAGUAUACAGAACACACAGAGACUUACAUCAUAAUAUUAUAAUGCAUGUGAUACAUUUGAUGAGGUAGCAGCAGAUAAAAUCAGAGGAGAAAAUGAUGUAUAGGUCGAAGGUUGAGUUAUUGUCAAGAGAACAUUCAGGUUACUGGUCAUUCUGUUAAGGCUGAACGGUACAGUUUUGACUGUGUGUUUUAAUUUCAUAAUAUUGUCAUGAUAGGCAAAGAGAGAGAUUCAUGUGCACGUACAAAUGUUUAAACAAACCAACUCAGGUUAUCUGGACCUUGUGUUUUUCGUUGUUUUAUUUUUGUCUUUGUUUGUUAGUCUAUUUUUUGCGGAGGAGUCAAGUGUGUCUGGUUGGUGUAGUCUGUUGUACUGUCCAGGAGUCAGGUGUGUCUGGUUGGUGUAGUCUGUUGUGCUGUCCAGGAGUCAGGUGUGUCUGGUUGGUGUAGUCUGUUGUACUGUCCAGGAGUCAGGUGUGUCUGGUUGGUGUAGUCUGUUGUACUGUCCAGGAGUCAGGUAUGUCUGGUUGGUGUAGUCUGUUGUACUGUCCAGGAGUCAGGUGUGUCUGGUUGGUGUAGUCUGUUGUACUGUCCAGGAGUCAGGUGUGUCUGGUUGGUGUAGUCUGUUGUGCUGUCCAGGAGUCAGGUGUGUCUGGUUGGUGUAGUCUGUUGUACUGUCCAGGAGUCAGGUGUGUCUGGUUGGUGUAGUCUGUUGUACUGUCCAGGAGUCAGGUGUGUCUGGUUGGUGUAGUCUGUUGUACUGUCCAGGAGUCAGGUGUGUCUGGUUGGUGUAGUCUGUUGUGCUGUCCAGGAGUCAGGUGUGUCUGGUUGGUGUAGUCUGUUGAACUUUCCAGGAGUCAGGUGUGUCUGGUUGGUGUAGUCUGUUGUACUGUCUGUGUCUGGUUGGUGUAGUCUGUUGUACUGUCCAGGAGUCAGGUGUGUCUGGUUGGUGUAGUCUGUUGUGCUGUCCAGGAGUCAGGUGUGUCUGGUUGGUGUAGUCUGUUGUACUGUCCAGGAGUCAGGUGUGUCUGGUUGGUGUAGUCUGUUUUUGUGGCGGAGUCAGGUGUGUCUGGUUGGUGAAGUCUGUUGUACUGUCCUACAGUUUGGGGGACUUCUGGCAAAUAAAUAUCCUUUAUGUGUACUAUUGCUAUCUUGAUACUUCAUUUAUAUUUUUUUCGAUAUUUUCAUUAGUCUUAACGUUUUAUUCAAUUUUAAAAACCUCGUCUCAUACUUGAAUUUCUUGAAUAGAAAAAUCAUGCAAAAAUCAAUUUGAAAUAUAGUUUGACAAUUUUAUACUUGAUAAGAAUUCAAUCAUAAAGUUUGUUUUGGGUUAGAAAAAGUGAAGGCAAUUACACAAAUUAAAAGUAAAAUUUAAAGUUAUGGUAACGCAUUUAUAAGUUAAUUGCAUCAUUUAAUAUCUAAUUGUCAGCUUGAUUGGCAAGACGAUAUUAAAAAGAACCAAUUAAAUCUUUGUGCCAUUUUUGUGAUUAUUUAUUUAUAUAUCUUUAUUCUGAUAAACCUAGGCGCUUAUCCUAUGUCAGUAUAUGUGGAACACCGUAUGGUAACCUUUUGGUCUAACAUUGUAAAUGGUUCUGAUCAGAAAUUGACAAAUAUUCUGUAUAGAUAUAUUUAUAAACUCAACGAACAUAGUGGAUAUACUUUUAAAUGGUUGAUUUGUAUAAAAAAUAUCUUGAACAAAUAUGGAUUUUCAAAUAUUUGUUAAAUCAGAAUAAUUACAGUUUUAAUCCAAAAUGGUUAAAGUUGAGCAUUAAACAGAGAAUAUUUGAUCAAUUUCAGCAGACUUGGAAAUCAGAACUGGAAAACUCUCCAAAAGCAUUAUGUUAUAAACUAUUUAGAGAAAAUUUGGAAUUUGAAGUAUAUUUAGACUUAUUACCUUAUAAAGAUAGAAUAACUUUAUGUAGGUUUAGAACUGGAAAUCACCGGUUACCUAUAGAAACCGGUAGAUGUCUUGGAAUUGUUAGACAGGAAAGGUACUGUGUACUUUGUAAUUCUCGAGAGAUAGGUGAUGAAUUUCACUAUAUUCUAAACUGUACAGCUCUAACAGAAAGUAGAAGAGCUUUUCUUAAACCUUACUAUGUAAGCCGAGUAAAUAAUUUGAAAUUCGGCAGUUUAUUUGUUUCAAAAACUAUUCGGGUAUUGAAAAAUUUGUGUAAUUUAAUCAGAAUUAUCAAUACAGAAGUAUGUUCUCCAGGUUGAUCAUCCAUCUCUCAUCUUGUUAUGCUCGUUUUGUACAAACUUGUCAUGCGCAGAAUCUGUAUGUAAUUUCAUGUCAAAAUGUUUUUCUUUGUACCAUUAACUUGGUUUUAUAAGAAAUAAAGAAUCUAUACAAUGGUAUACAGAAGUUACAUGUAAUAAAUAGCACAGUUAUAAAUUAAAAUAAAACAUAAUAUGUACACUAAUUACAAAUCUAAAUUGAAUUUAGCCAGGAUAACACACACAUGAAUUAAUAUGCCUUAUAAAUGUACAUAGCUUUUUAAAAUAUGAUCGUUUUGUCAUAUUCAUAACUUCCUUAAAUUUAAUUUAAAGGGGCAUUAGCUACGAGAUAUAAAAAAAAAUAUGAUUUUGAUUUUUUUUUUAUUAAAUCAUUAAUGAUAGUGAAAUAGUGAAAAUUUUAAUAAUAAUUCGCUUUUAGCAGCCAGUUUGGUUCAUUUAUGUCAAAAUGGGCUAAGAAACAUCGCUGAUGAAUUAUUCACUUGUAAGUGAAUAAUUCGACCUCAUUAAAACCGUAUUUAUGUGACCUUCUAUUUAAUCCAUUAGCUAGAGAUGGGUUACGCAUGAACUAGGCCUGUUCAGCUAUUAAAAGGAAAAGAAUUUCAACAUUGAAAGUGAAACAAGGGUAAACCAUUUGGUUGACUGAUUCGAUCCACAAAAACUCACUCGUAUACAGGUAAAAACGAUGAUUAACAUAUUUGUUGAACCUUUAUAAUGGAAUCAAACAGGCCUAGAAAAAUCCAAUUGCACGUUUCGCUAUCUAUUUAUAUCUAUAUUUAUGUUUAUAUCGGGUUACAUGCCCGUCGGCAGUCUUCGGAGGUCACCUCAAUGGUUAAUUAGAUGGCGUCUAUGUAACAAAAAAAUUGUUCCGGCGUGACAUUUGUUCCGCCGGAACUUAUUUCAUAGGAAAUAUGUUCCACCGGAAUUUAUAUCACAGAAAAUUUAUUCCCGGAAUAUAUAUUAUAAGGAAAUAUGUUCCAGCACUGUAAAAUUUGCUCCGGAACUAUUUUUUUUACUAAAUGUUAAAUCAGUUCCGGGUGUUAUAUAUUAACAUGAUGCAUUAACUUUAUAUCAAGCAAAACGUUCUAUAGUUGUACCUGACAAAUUUAAUACUCAACAUUGAAGUCUUUAAACAACACGAAAACAUUCAAAAUAAGGUAAAUCUUUUAGAAAUUCAAAUUAAGUCAGCAUAUAUAUUGUACGUAGAUAAUAUGAUUAAAAAACAAAUGCAAAACUAUGAUUAACAACUGUGAUAAAUAUUUAAACACAAAAGGUCUUUCCACAUCAAAGAAGCUAGUUGCCUCAGACUGAUGCGAUAAAUAAAUGGUUUUGAUCUGCUUUAAAGUGAACUAAAGGAGAUAAUGUGCUACUUCCGGUUAAGUGGAUGUUACUUCCGGUCUCAUAUGAUAGCUUCUUUCACACUGAUUCCAAAAAUAUAUAGUUUCUAUAUACUUUUGCCUGUAAACCCGGAUAUAAUUGACCACUUCCGGUUUACAGAAAGUCACUUCUAGUCUUAAGUGAUAAGUAAAUGUAUUUAAAUUACAAAAUAUAUGGAUUCUGUGUACUUUUAUAUGAAAAAAGUGCAAAAAUGGUUUCUUCCGGUUUUCUCAAGGUCACUUCCGGUUGUCAUUUUUCAAGGUCAUAUGUCACCUAACCUUUUGUACAAGGUCAUAUGGCUUUAUAAUGAACUUAGUUGAAGUAAUAAUCAAAUAACCUUAUAUUAAGACAUUUCAGGGGCACUAACUCCUAUAAGAUGCCAUUAAAUUGUAUCAGACCUAAUGUAACAUAUCUUCAUUACAUAAAAGCAGACAUUUUGCACUUGUUCUUUUAUAUGUAUCUUUCAAAGUGUAGGAGAAAAUGCUAAAACAAUUAAAGGUAAACAUUGAGAACUUGACCUUGACCUUUGACCUUGACCUCAUUUUCUAAGUUAGGACCUAGGAGCCUCAAAUAAAAAGAUUCCAGGGUUAUACGGUUAACGGUUGAUGAGUUGAAAACACAUACCGACAAAUUUAUUUUGUAAAGGUAGAUAACUCCUAUAAAAUUUCAUCGAAUCGCUUCGAUCCAAAUUAGCCAAAAAUUUCUGAGGAUGUAACCAACAAUUUGUAAAAAGAAUUUUGUCGAUAUCUUUUUUUGUUACGAAGGAGAUGCACACAGAUGAUAAACAGUGAAUAGGGAGAUAAGUCUAACAAAGAAAAUGGUUCGGCUUAGCAGAGUGAAAUUUAAAAGCGCAUAAACUAGACGAUACAAUAUGAGAAAUAUCAAAGCAACAUAUUGCGAAACAAACAUUUAUCGUAAGAACAAAAUUUGGCGGGAAAAAAAAAAAUAAUAAUCAGAACAAAUACAAUAGGUCUUUCCACAGAUGGUUGGAAAGACCUAAUUAUCUGUGCAAAAAGUUCUCCCGGAAUAUAUUUCCUGUGAUAUUUGUUCCACUGGAACUUUUUUUACAGGAACAAAUUUUGGCUCACAUCUACACUAAAAUACACACGAAAUCCGGAUACAUAUUAUCGAGUCCAUGCAUUGUUAAUUCUUCAUUUUAGACUUUUUUUUAGUUCGAUAUACGUUUAAGUAGGUUAUAAAUCAAAUAUGAGAGUUUGAGUCAAUUCGGUGAACAUGAAUUUGACAGCUAAUGCCCCUUUAAGAAACAAAUUGGUAAAACUAAGAAAACCUGAAUUUUUUAAGCACGUGGACAACAAAUAUUGUUAAACUAUUGAUUAGGUCAAUUCAACAGUUGCCAUUAGAUUCUAUUUACAAUGAAAGAAAUAUUUUCGGAAUUCUUCAUUUUUACAAGGCCACCUUGUUCACAUAAGUGCAUGCGGCGUUGCCAGAGAAGUAAGUACGACAUAUAUAAUUCCCUUGUGGUUGUGGUUGUUAUCUAUUUCAGGUAUGAAGAGAUAUGUUUGUAUUGCACUGAAAAAAGUACAUCAACAAGUGUAAAUACAAAUUCGUCAAAUUGUGUUUGCCUAGCCUGAAAUGCAAUAUCAAAUUUUGAUUCAUUAGUUCUGUGAUGACACACAUGUUUCAAAAGACGACACCGAAUUUACAAUUAAAUCAAAUCUUGUCAAUAUAUUAUGUCACAGAUUGAAUGUAAAAGAUAUAGUAUUUACACAUCUUUAUUAUAUUCAAUUAACCAUUACUUUUCGUAAAUGUUCAGUUACAAAUUACAACCAAUUAUUCUAAAUAUACAGACAAUAAAGUUGUCUUCGUACAAACGUUGGGUUUCUGUCAUACUUUUUGCUUUGUAUUUACGUUGAAUUGUUUCAGUUCAUUUUUUUUUCCAGCUAGAAUAAUUUAAACAAAUAAGACAGUUUAUAAUAACUAGAAAGAAUUCAUUUAAGUUAAAUAUUCACACGUUCAGAAGAAUAAAAAUUUGAAAUCAGCAAUGGUUUUCAAUGAAAUAAUUUAAUUGUCAAACUCAAUGCAGAUAUUAUAUUAUAGUUGAGAAAAUUAAUAUUUAACUAUCUCCUAAUAAAGCAAUCUAGCUCCACUUUUUCAACUUGUAAUUAGAUCUUUUUAAAUGGAUUUUAAUCUGAAUGGUGUGUGUUUAAAAACCUUUUACACACUGGUCUUUCAAGGUACCUAGACAAUGUUCAAGGUACCUAGACAAUGUUAUAUUUAAAGGGUAGUCAAUCAAUAUUUCCAUUAUAAUUUGUUGACAAUUAUUGAUUUAAAAAACUUGUUCUGUAUACCUUAUGGAAUUAUUUUAAGCUCGGUUUCACGAUUUCAAUUACUAAUUCUACCUUUAAGAUGGAUUUAAACAAAUCGAUUUUAUAUUUGUUUGAACAUGCAUGGCCAAAUUAAAAACUCGCUCAUGCAUUACACAAUAGGCUAUGUCGACAAUUCUGAAAAAACUAAAGUAAAAUCCAGAGAAAAAAAUAUAAAGAGUACAUCUACAUCACCAUAAAAUCAUGCUAAAACUGUUGAUUAAUCUUCUUUUGUAGAAUAAAUUUGUGAAGGAAUUAAUGUGACGCUUGAAUUCAGAAAGAUGUGGACUAAAUGUGAAAGAUUGAGCUUGUUUCAGAACCGUCUUAUUAUUUUUAUUGUCAUUGCCUUCAUUACAAUGCAUUUGAUGUUUUAUCUAACCAAUGAAAAGUUCAAGACUCAAGAAAGGAAAGGCUGGGAAAAAGUACAAUACGACAAAAAGUUUGUAUUGGUUACUGGUGGAGCAGGGUUCGUUGGACAUCACGUUAUAAUGCGGCUGAAACAAGACAACGUUAAUGUCAUUGGAAUAGACAAUUUCAAUGACUACUACAACGUUUCUCUUAAAUAUUUACGCGCAAAUAUAUCCGGUGUUGUCCAGCCUGUCGAUGUCUGCGACUUAAAGAAGAUGACAGAAAUUAUUUCUACGAAAAAAAUAACUCAUGUGAUACAUUUAGCAGCUCAAGCUGGAGUGCGUUAUUCAUUAACAAAUCCACAAGCAUAUGUCAAGUCAAACGUUGAAUGUUUUGUGCAGUUACUAGAAACAUUAAAAAACACUGGUAUCCCACUCAUAUAUGCAUCUUCGUCUUCGGUUUAUGGUAAAAAUACUAACAUACCAUUUUCAGAAGACCAUCCUGUUGUACAGCCAGCGUCGUUGUACGCAGCCACCAAACGCGAGAACGAAUUACUUGCCCAUGUGUAUUGGAAUUUGUAUAAACAACGCUCAGUUGGAUUACGAUUCUUUACGGUUUAUGGACCAUUAGGAAGGCCAGAUAUGGCAUAUUUCUCAUUCGUUAAGAAUAUUUUUAAGGGUUUACCUAUUCCAGUUUUUAACUUUGGAAAGUUAUCCAGAGAUUUUACUUAUAUAGAUGACAUUGUUAACGGCAUUAUUAAGUGCAUAGAUGUUACAUAUAAUUAUGAAAUUUUGAAUUUGGGAAGAGGAGAACCCCAGAGUUUAAUGCAGUUUAUAAAAACUAUUGAAGACAUCGCUGGGAAAAAGGCCGUUUUAAAUUUUAAAGAAAUGGUGAAAGGAGAUGUGUUAGUUACAUACGCUGACGUUUCUAAAGCAAAAGCUUCUAUUGGAUAUAACCCGAAUGUAUCGUUAAAAGAUGGUUUAACACGUUUUAUAUCAUGGUAUAAGUUGUAUUCGAACCAAAACAAAUGACGCUUAAAAACAUGAAAAUCGUGAUCGCAAGUAAAAUGUCAAGGAAAAGUAAAUGUAAUAUCAUAUAUGUAUUGUUGAAAUUACUUUGCUUGUUUUGUUAUAUAAUGUUCAUGUAUAUAUAUGUAAAUAAACAUAAAACAGGUAAA